AUGUGAGUAUCUCCAGUCUGUUCUCCUUUUUUCACGGUGAGUUUAGCUGAUUCACUUGUGAUUGCUCAAAUAAGUUCGUAAAACGUGUGUUAAAAAAUCUCGAGAAUAAAGAACAAAAUUGUUAGAGGCCAGUUCGUACUCGUAAUUUUUUCAACUUUCUUCCGAGAGUCGGCAACUUCGACGACGAACCGCACGCAAUUCUUUUCGCGCCAUCUUCUUGAGGAAAACGGUCAAAAAUCCGCAGUAAACUCGUCCUCGAAGAAUAAAUAAAACAAAAAUACAAGGAUGGCAGACAUUGAGGAUACUCACUUCGAAACCGGAGACUCUGGUGCUUCUGUAACAUACCCUAUGCAGUGUUCAGCUCUGCGUAAAAAUGGGUUUGUAAUGCUCAAAUCACGGCCAUGUAAAAUUGUAGAAAUGUCAACUUCAAAAACAGGAAAACAUGGCCAUGCCAAAGUACAUCUUGUAGGCAUUGACAUUUUCACUUCAAAAAAGUAUGAAGAUAUUUGUCCCUCUACGCACAACAUGGAUGUGCCAUUUGUUAAGCGGGAAGAUUACCAGCUGGCAGACAUAUCUGACGAUGGCUAUUUGUGCCUGAUGGCUGAUAAUGGUGAACUCCGUGAAGAUUUAAAAAUUCCUGAUGGUGAAUUAGGCAUUCAGUUACGUGCUGAUCAUGAUGCUGGAAAGGAGCUUCUGUGCACUGUACUGAAGGCCUGUGGUGAGGAAGUCGUGAUCGCCAUCAAAACUAACACUGCCAUCGAUAAAUAAUUGUGUUCAGUCCAGACUCCACCAUCACAUUAAAGAAAAAACAAAACACACACAGCUAAUAUAUUAUUAAGAGAAACCUAAGAUACAAUACAAGAUGAUCAAUGGUUAACAUAAGAACUAUUACCAACAACAAAUAGAAAGGAAAAGAGUGGGGGGCACUUCAGAAAGAUUAAAAUGAAGGGAAAAGAAGUAAGAAUAUGGAAAAAGGAAAGAGACAAACAAUUAUAUAAUUAUAAAAAUGAAAGGAAGGGAAAAACAAAUGUGCGCAAGCGUGUAAGUGUGAAGGAGGAGAGGAUUACAAAUAAUGAAAUAAUUGCAAAAAUAAAAAAAAAAAAACAAAUAAAAAGAGAAUAAACUAAGAAACAGUAUCAGCUUAGACCUUGAAAAACAAAGAAUGUUUUUGGCGACUUAAUGGGUUGAGAUUAAAAGGCAACUUUGACAGCGGGAUAUUUUGAAAA